AAGGGAAGAGUGCAGGAGGGAGCAAUCUGUCCACACAGGCAGCCUCCGCCCACCCGCACUUCACUCCCAUUCACCUGCUGCUCGCCUUGAGCUGCAUUCAUUGCUGCUGGAUCUCGCCACACUUGCAGCAGCUCCGCCAGAGAGUCGACGAGAGCGCAUCGCGUCAGAUCCGCCUUCGCUUAUCACUUAACGCGCGGUUCUUCCCGUCAGUCCGACCACUCGCCAUGACGUCCAGGUCGUCUGCCAUGCGAUCCGUCGCUCUCAAGGGCGCGAGCCUCCUGCUCGGCUCCCGCGCCCAGCCCCGCCUCUCCCCCGCCAUCCAUGCCGCCGCCGCCGCCGCCACCGCUCCCGCGCGCAACAUCACGUCCGUCGCCGCCGCCGCCAUCCCCGCCGCGUCCGACGAGACGCCGAUCCCAGUCGACAUCGCCGUGCCGUUCAAGGGCCACCGCAUCGAGCCGCCUUCGACUUCCGUGACGACGACCCCCAAGGAGCUGAUCAAGUUCUUCUUCGACAUGUUCCUCAUGCGGCGCCUCGAGAUCUCCUCGGAUUCGCUCUACAAGGCGAAGCUGAUCCGCGGGUUCUGCCACCUGUACGACGGGCAGGAGGCGGUGUGCGUGGGCAUGGAGGCGGGCCUCACGUACGACGACUGCAUCAUCACCAGCUACCGCGACCACUGCACGCACAUUGGCCGCGGGGGGACGGUGCUGGAGGUGAUUGCGGAGCUCAUGGGGCGCGUGGCGGGGUGCAGCAAGGGCAAGGGCGGCUCCAUGCACAUGUACAACAAGGCCACGAAUUUCUACGGCGGGAACGGGAUCGUCGGCGCGCAGACACCGCUGGGCGCGGGGUUGGCGUUCGGGCAGAAGUACAGCAAUGUGCCGGGGGUGACGCUCGCCAUGUACGGCGACGGCGCGGCGAACCAGGGGCAGCUGUUCGAGGCGAUGAACAUCGCGGGGCUGUGGGAUCUGCCAGUCAUCUACGUCUGCGAAAACAACCACUACGGCAUGGGCACGGCGGAGUGGCGCGCGGCCAAGAGCCCCGAGUUCUACUGCCGCGGUGACUACGUCCCUGGCCUCAAGGUGGACGGCAUGGACGCGCUGGCCGUGAAGCAAGCCGUGUCUUACGCCAAGGCCCACGCGCUCAAGAACGGACCCAUUGUGCUGGAGAUGGACACGUACCGGUACCACGGGCACUCGAUGUCGGACCCGGGCAGCACGUACCGCACGCGCGAGGAGAUCUCGGGCGUGCGGCAGGAGCGCGACCCCAUCGAGCGAAUCCGCAAGCUGCUGCUGGCCAAGGAGGUGGUCACCACCGCCGAGCUCAAGUCGCUGGAGAAGGAGGCCAAGGCGCUGGUGGAGGCCGACAUUGAGAAGGCCAAGGCAUCGCCCUUCCCCGAUCCCAAGGAGCUUUUCACCGACACCUUCGUCAACCCCAAGGGCACCGAGUUCUACGGUGCUGACCGGGCGGUGACUCACGUUACAUUGUGAUACUGCAGCAGCUAAAUCAUUCGCAGAUAGGUUUCUUGGGGCUGUGAUACGGAAAUAGUAUUGCUAUGACUCUCCAUUAUGCAAACCCCUGUACUACCGUAGCUGCGAAUAUUGUGUACUUCAACAAAUAUUAGGUGUCGAAGUAAAAAUUUGUGUGUGCCAUGGCAUGGCUCAUGCUGGAACAGUCAUAAAUGUAA